CCACUUUUAGUGUCGAACCCAAAAACCCUAAAUGAUGUUGUUUCUCCCAGUUGCAAAAUGCAUUUAAAAUCCAUUGAUUUUUAAUAAAUUCGUUCAAAUUGGUCCAACCUUCGGGUACUUCGUUCCCAUUAUGUUAUAUAAUGGGUUGAAUUGUCCCAGGAUGGAGAUGAACAUAGAAACGGCAGUCCGGCUUCACCCCACGGGAUAUUCCCCCACCGACAUGGUCUGCGUCCACGCCAACCCCGUCAACAACACCAUUCAGCUCGCGAAUUCGCAAAACUACCCCGUGAAUUACGCCCUUCCGGCCGACUGUUGCCAGAACACGGUAUUCACAACUACGACAGCCCCCUUGGUGAAUUAUUUAGUGGAAGGAUGCGACGUCUCAGUGGUCACGUUGGGCCAAUCCGGGACUGGAAAAUCCUACACCCUCCUAGGCCCAGGCUUCCAUUGUGCGGCUAGUGAGGCUGACCACGGUAUUAUCCCCAGGUUUAUUCGCGAGGUUUUUGCCAAAAUGAAACAAUACAGAGACAGGAAUUGGUGUGUGCAUAUCGCUUGGUCCCAGAUUUGUGGUGAAAACGUCCAAGAUUUGCUAGGCGUUGGGAGUAUUGAGUGCCGCAAUAUCAGUGAUGUUUUCCAGUUGAUUCAAGUGGGGAUGUCGAACAUAGCCCCCAAGUGCGCCCAUACGUUGUUCACUCUCACUUUGGAGCAGCAAUGGGUGGUUGAGACGAGUGUCCAACAUCGCGUUUCAACAGCCAGUUUUGCUGAUUUAGCCGGAAGUGAGAAAGUCUUGGUUUAUGACAGCAACGGCAUGAUGCAAACAAUCCCCACUGACUUGGGAAUACAGACUUUACAGAGGUGUAUAAUGUCCCUGUCUGAUUUUAACUGUAGUUUUGUCCCAUACAGCCAAUCCGUUUUGACAACGCUACUCAAAGACUCAUUCGGGGGGCGCGCGAAGACACUUCUAAUCUGUUGCGUGUCCCCCCUUGUCCAAGACUUCACUGAGACUUUGUAUACUCUUCAGUUGGGUUUGAGGGCUCAAAUGAUCAAAAAUUUCGUCACUGUUAACUCCUAUGCCACUUUUGAGUCAUCACAGGAGAAUUGUGACAUUUUUGGCCUACAAUUCGCCGCCAAUCAACUUUUGAAACUUGUCUCGAACGCUGAAGAGUUGUUUCAACGAUUGGUAGCAAAUGAUUUAUUACCAAAAAGCGAACAAGAGCAAAUAUCACAAUGGCUGACGCUCAAACAGGAAUGCGAGGACUGUUUGAGUGAAAAUUCGGAGCCCCACAGGUCACUCGAGAGGAUUGAGGAGGAAAUUGAGAGUGAUAGUAGUGAAAGUGAGGUCAUUGAGGAGGAGGAGAAGGAGAGUCUCCUCGAUAGGGUUCAAGGUUUGAUGGGGACUUUUCGCUCAAAUACUGAUAAAUUAGUUUCUGACGCAAAUUGCACGAAUGUUACGAAUUCUGGUACCAAAGAAAGUAUGAAUAGUUCGAAUAAUGAGUAUCAUAUGAAAGGGGCACGGGGGCGCAGAGGGAGUAUCCACUCGGCUGAAGAAUUAAAUCCCUGUUUGUCUCUCCAUACAUUGCGGAUUAAUGAUGAUUUAGAGAGUCAAAAAAUUGCAGUUACGUCUUAUGAUAAUAAGAAGAAAAUUCUCAAACAAAUUGCGACUGCGUUAGAGUUAAAUCAGAAGAAAAUUUGCGAUUUGGAGAAGACGAUUCGAGUCAAGGAAAAUCUUAUGGAAAAACUUCUGAAACACAAAGACACAAAAUCGAGUGCUCAUCAUAAAAUCGAGCAGAAAUGUCAAUUGUUACGCAAGGAAUAUAAAAAUGCCGAGGUCAAGUUUUUGCAAGCAAAAUUGCAAAAAAAUCACCACUUGGAAGGGAAAUACAAGAAUGAAGUUGUGGCUCUUGAGGAGCGACUCCGCGAUACCGAAUCUCUGAAAAACCUCACCGAAGAUGGGAACAAAUUAUUAGAAUUAGAAAGUAGUCUUCAUACAGACCGGGAGAAAUUGAAAAAGUACAAGCAAGAGAAGGAAAAAUAUAAACAAAUUUAUGAGAAACAACUGAAGGAGGAGCGGUCAAAGUCCAAAGCGAGUUGCGAAAGCGUUCCGAGGACCCCCGACGUUAAAGUCGUCGCUUUAAUAAAACCUAACGUUUCUUUAAAUAACGAAGAACUAGAAAGUCUGAGACACGAAAUUCGCAACUUGCGCAAAACCCGCGACUAUUUACUGGAAUUGCGUUGCAAAAUCAACCUCAAAUCGCAAAAUAAAAAAUUCUUGAACGACUCCGACGAACGCAAGUUGUUGCAAUACGAGGAAGCUAUUGAGGCUAUCGACUUGAUUAUAGAGUACAAAAACUCGAUUUUGUGUGGCCACCUGCCGGUUAAAGAAAUCGAAGACCACGGCGAUCGGAUGCUGAUGGAGCGCUUCCUCAAACUCAGCGAGAACGAAAUGAGGAUCCUCCUUCACAAGUAUUUUGAAAAAAUCAUCGAUUUGAGGAGUAGUAGCAAAAAGCUCGACUUGGAGAUUCUCGAUAUAGAAAACCAACACGAAAAUCUCGCUUAUCGCGUACAAAAAUUGAGUCAUAAUCUACAACUGGUCAGGUCUGACGCCGAGCGGAGGAUUGCGUCGCUUCAGCAACAACACGAGGAUAAGUUGUAUCUAGUUUUGAGAAAUUUGACAGGGGAUGGGGCUGAUAAUGAGAGGAUAAGUCGGGUUUUGGGGUCGAGAGCAGUGACAGUACAAGUGGCCGGGGCGAGUAAACAAGUUGAUAAAAACAGGUUUAUAGCGAAGUGGACGCGAUACCGACAAGAAACGGUACCGAGACAAUUGCAGUCGGUGCCCCCUCAAGCCAAGGUCACCAUCGAGAAAAACAAAAUUAUUUUACAAAAAACCAAUAAGAAUUAAUUGUAUUUUAUUGUCUAGGUUAGGGUAGGACAAUAAUGAUGUAAUCGUAGUUUAUUUAAUAAAUGUGAUG